AUGAGGUACGCCUUCAUCGUCGCUAUCGGGCUUUUGAGCCCUGCGAUGGCAAUGCCCACCCAACAGGGCCUUGAGCAACGCGAUUUAAUAAAUGCGGCGGAAGAUGUUUGGAAUGGCUUAAAAAAUGGGUUUGGCGAUAUAAUCGGCAACGGUGGCGGUGAUGCUAAGACUCCUGAGCCUACUGCCGCUCCUGAGCCUACUGCCGCUCCUGAACCUACUUCCACUCCUGAACCUACUGUUACCGUCACUCCUGAACCUUCUGUUAACGACGCUCCUGAACCUACUGUUACCGUUACUCCUACUUCCAAUCCUACUCUUCCAAUUGGAACUCCGGAGAACGGCAGCAAUAACGAAGGCAGCGGCAAAGUCUGCACAAAGAGGAGCCCAGCCAUCGGAGUAAUCAACAAGGCCGCCGAAGGCCAAGUCUUGGAAAUGACCAGCGCGUCCAUCAUUACUUCCGCUGGUUUGCCCGCGCGGCCUUUCGUCGGCCGCCCAUCCAGCUCGGCUAACGCCAUCUUGCCCUCUGAUAGCAUGGUCGCUAAACGCUUUGGAAGCAGCAUUUACAAGGACAGGCGCAGGUCCGAAGCUGACCCAGUCACUUCUACGUCAACCACUGCCACGACAACUCCAUCUUCGUCGGUUACGCCGAGUUCUGUUGUGGCUACAGCAAUACCUACGCCGUCACGAUCCAAGGUUGGAGGACUGCCCCCGUCGCAGGUCGCUGCUGUUAUGGAGAAAAUUGAGGAGGCAAUUGAGGGAGAAGUUGCACCGUUCGUCAUAGCCGAGGAGGCGCUCGCUGCUGUUGAGCCAUUUAUGGCAGGUGGGUCGAUUUCUCGCCGAGAUGAUAACCGCUCAGGUCGUGAGAAUGGAGCAAAUGGAGGAGAGACCACUACUACGAAAUCUCCACCUUCUCAGUCCGGUUCCCUCAAGACGGUCAAAGUACCGUUGGAGGAGCUUACUGAUAUUGAGAAAGACUUGGCUGAACUCGUUAAAGAAGUUAAGUCUGCAGAGGGAAAGACUGGAGAGCACAAGAACGGCAAUGCGGAGUCUGCACACAAGGACGGCAAUGGUGUGGAAGCAGGGCAUAGUCCUGCACUUUCAGCCGCUACUCCGAGUGCUGAGCCUUCCGCCACUCGGCUUGGUAUUCCCACCGGCACUGGCUCCGUGCCUCACUCUGGUGAUGGUCAUGGUGGCUCCGUGGAUGGUCACGGCAGCUCCUCUGGCGCUGCUGCUCAUGGUGGUUCCGGCAACCGUCACGGUAGCGGCUCCGGCGUUAGUGAAGACAAGCCGACUUCGACAAGGCCGAUUGUCUCGCCGUCCUCCAACUCCCUUCCGGCUUUAGAUCAUCAAUCUCCUGCGUCCGGUGGUGAGAGACCUAUACUCCCUUAA